AGUGCAGGGUGCGCUCCAAUCCACAUCCUCAGUACAACCGGACUGUCAUCUUUGGAGCGGCUCCCCUGCAUCUUCACCAGCCCUCCGCUCUGCUCCAGUUCCGUUUUCAUCGGCUUUUACACUUUGCGGAUUAUAGCCAUGGAUGCUGAUCUAAAGACCCACCAACCGAGCCGUCAGCUUUUCCCACUUGCUUAAAAAAAAACAAAACAAAACAAAUUCUCUUAAAGCUCGUCCGGCUGAAGUCAGAAUAAUGAUGGAGUACUGGAGGCAAUGCGCGCUGUGGUUAAUUAAUUGCAAGGUGCUUCCAGCUAACCACCGGGUUACAUGGGAGUCUGCACAGGUAUUCGACCUGGCCCAAACGCUCCGGGAUGGAGUCCUCCUGUGCCAUCUGCUCAACAACCUGAGACCCCAGUCCAUCAACCUAAAGGAAAUCAACCUCCGACCGCAAAUGUCUCAGUUCCUGUGCCUGAAGAAUAUUAGGACUUUCCUGGCAGCGUGCAACGAGACGUUCGGCAUGAAGAAAAGCGAGCUGUUCGAGGCCUUUGACCUUUUUGACGUCAGAGACUUUGGAAAGGUUAUGGACACACUAUCUAAACUUUCCCACACAGCACUCACACAACAAACUGGAAUCAGGCCCUUUCCAUCCGAGGAGAGUGUUGAAGAUGAGGAUAUUUACAACCACCUGGAGGACCUGAUAGAUGAGAAGGGAGUGGAGGAUGAGGAGGACCUGUAUGACUGCGUGUAUGAUGAUGAAGAUGGAGGAGAAAUCUAUGAGGACCUGAUGAAGACAGAAGCCAUUCCUCCUCCGGCGUUCCAGAAACAGGCAGAGACUGACAUCAGGAGCUGCUGUUUAACAGAAAUCAAGCAGACAGAAGAGAAAUACACUGAGACCCUGGAGUCUAUAGAGAAGCACUUUAUGACCCCCCUCAACAUGUUUUUAUCCAUGGCCGAGAUGGAAAAGAUGUUUGUGAAUGUCCCGGAUCUGGUUAAAGUUCACAAAUGUUUACUGGUGGAAAUCCAAGACUCAGUUCUCCACAGAAGUGCCCAGAACCUUUACCAGAUCUUCAUCACUUACAAAGAGAGGUUGUUGAUCUAUGGGAAGUAUUGCAGCCAUGUGGAAACAGCCAUCGCUACUCUGGAUUACAUCUGCAAAGAAAGAGAGGACGUACGCAUGAAGCUGGAGGAAUGUUCAAAGAGAGCCAACUACGGCAAGUUCACACUGAGGGAUCUGCUCGUGGUUCCUAUGCAACGAGUCCUGAAGUAUCACCUCCUCCUGCAGGAGUUGGUGAAACACACUCAUGAUGCCGCGGAGAAGACCAAUUUGCGGAUGGCAUUGGAUGCCAUGAAGGACUUGGCUCAGUAUGUUAAUGAAGUCAAGAGGGAUAAUGAGACGUUGCGAGAAAUAGAUCAGUAUCAGAGAUCCAUCGAAAACCUGAACCAGCCUCUGAGUAACUACGGGAGACCCAAAGGUGACGGGGAGGUACGGGUGGCCUCUGUGGACAAACGGGCUAAACAAGACAGGCACAUCUUUGUGUUCGAUGCGGCGGUGAUCAUAUGUAAGCGUCGAGGGGACAACUACGAGAUGAGAGAGGUGAUCGACCUGCAACUCUUCAAGAUCACCAACAACCCCACGUCGGACAAGGAGAACCGAAAGUGGUCCUACGGAUUCUACCUCACUCAUAACCAUGGCCAGAGCGGCUUUGAAUUCUUCUUCAAGACCAAAGAGCUGAAAAAGAAGUGGCUGGAGCAGUUUGGCAUGGCCAUAUCCAACAUUCGUCCUGAGAAUGCCACCAACAACUUCCAUGAGUUUCAUAUGCACACCUUUGAAAGGAUUACCUCCUGCAACUCCUGCCACAUGCUGCUGAGGGGCAUCUUCAACCAGGGCUACCUGUGCUCCAAGUGCGGUUUAGGUGCUCAUAAAGAAUGCCUGGGCCGCUUUGGCUGCUGCGGAAAAACAGAUCCUGGCACCGUCAGAACUCAGGGCAAAGGUCGAGAUCCAGGUUUGCCCAAGAUGCUGGUAAUCAGGAGCUACUUUGGUGUGCCGAGCCCUACGUCUGGUCCAGCACUCAGCAUCCAGGCGGGUGACAUCAUCGAAUUAAUCUGCGCCGACAUUCACAGCCCCUGGUGGCAGGGCAAGAUUCUGUCGACGAAAGAGGUUGGCUUCUUUCCAAGCGAUGCUGUGAAGCCUUGCCCAUGUGUCCCGAAGCCCGUCGAUUACUCCACUCAACCUUGGUAUGCAGGCCCCAUGGAGAGGCUGCAGGCAGAGGCAGAACUCAUCAACAGGGUCAACAGCACCUACCUGGUCCGCCAUCGCAGCAAAGAGUAUACAGAGUACGCUAUCAGUAUAAAGUACAACAACGACGUGAAGCACAUAAAGAUCCUGACCAAGGAGGGCUGUUUCCACAUUGCCGAGAACAAGAAGUUCAGGAGCAUAUUAUGUUAACUCCGAAAGUGAUUGGUGUGGCGAUAGCUCGGUACGACUUCAGCUCACGUGACACCCGAGAGCUCUCGCUGCAGGAGGGUGACGUGGUGAAGAUCUACACAAAGUCAGGAGCCAACGGCUGGUGGAGGGGCGAGGUUAACGGCAGGGUCGGCUGGUUCCCAUCCACGUACGUAGAGGAGGGUGAGGAGUGAAAGGUCCAACAUGGGAAGAAGAGUAAAAUAAAGGAAGACCGGCAGCAGUGGAGUAAGCAAACUGAGAACACAACAGUAACAAAGACACUGAGCUUCUGCAGCGCUGCUUGCUCCAGUGUUACUUUUCAGAGCAAAUCAGACAGCUUCACUCUCCUCGAUGGAGUCCUGUUGCCUACGACCAUCCCAGAGGCCUUUGGGAGAGAAGAGGGCUACAGUACGUUGCAGAUACAAAGAUGGCCCCAUCAUUUCUGGUUGACUCUGUGUGGUUAAGUGACUCCACCAACUAGCAGCUUGCCUGUCAGCGGGGCACGAGCCCUCGCCAGACACUCCCUUCUCCCUCCCUAACUUCGUCUAUCCAUCCAUGAUUCACCCUUCGCUCCCUUUCUCUCGCCGCCCCAGCCAGCUGCAGCCCCCCAACUCCCACCUGUUUCUGCUUGCCAAGUCGGCCGUCGCAAAUCUGUCAAAAGUAGAUACUCAAAUGCCACUCUUCCAUUCAUGCACUCAUCCAUCCAUCCGUCCAUCCAUCCAAGCAUCCAUCCUCAACCAACCCCUGUGGGAAUAGAGUCAUCUGAACUGGAAAAGACCCACACUGUAAAGUUUUUCCUUUCCUUUCAUCCCCUUCUGACUCAGAAGGGAUUUCAGUCAGUUUUGACCUUGCCUGUGUGUUUCUUCCACUAAUGCAGGUGGUUAUUGAUGACUUGAUGACCCAGAUUCACACACACACACACACACGCACGCACGCACGCACGCACAUCACCCACCUCUCCUCCCCUUCAGAUUAUGAUCACACACACACACACACACUCUUACAGGAGAUGUAAGAGAGGGAUGGCGUCGGAUAGCAUCGCUGCACAGUGCCAGCAAUUGAUCGCUGUUGUUCCUAUUUUCCUCCCACCUCCUACAUUCUUUAUCUCAACCCUGGCCUCUCAUGUUUUUUAGUUGUCUUGGCCGUUAGAUCCUGUGCUCUUAUCGGUGUCAGCUCUGUCGACAGGAGCACAUUCGCCAAGGGUUUAUCUUAUUGGCGGCAUUAGCGGCUUGUCGGCGAACAAGCCACACUGCCAAGAAGCCACCUGUACCCUGACAUAAUGAGACACAAACGCAGCCCAACUUUCGUCUCUUUUUCUGUGUCACUCUCUUUGCUUUUUUUCAGCAUGUCCUGAAAUUCUUUUUUAGUUUCCUCAGCUACAGAUAUGAUGCAGUUUGAUUGAUUGCAUUCUUGCAAAAUUGAGCAAUGGGAUGCCAUCUACCCAGAUGUGUACUUGUGCAACAUUUUCACCAGAUGAUGCAUCAAAAUUUUUUAUCAUCUUCCUUGGUGUAAGUGUCUUCCAGUAUAACUGCUAUUUUUGAGAUAUUUCCAAUCAAGAAUACAGUUUGUGCAGAAACACUAGACAAUGUGGCAUAUUUGUUUUGGAAAGAAAAACAUCAAAUCAAAAAAAAGGUAUUUAGGUAUGUUUUAACACAUCAAUCCAAAAGUACUGAUAUCAGCUUUCAGAAACCUUUUCCCACUGCUUAUACCUUCCUGCUAACUGUCCUCCCCCUCACCCCCCAUCCUUUUGUGUGUUCCACGCUCACCCCCUGUAUACAUUAUGCACACUGUCUCCUUAAUCCACAGUGAAAGAGGAUUUUCCCACAUUUGAGGGAAUAAAUACCUUUACGCCAAAACACGCUGCACAACAUACUCCACUAUAUAGUCACAGACAGAAUAAGACUGCAGUGUACACAAAUCCAAAGUAGUGAUCAAGUUACGUCUGGAGGUGGCCAAAGCCUCCCCAGCAUUUGGCUUUGUGCAGCGACGUUUUAAUGUCAGCCGGGAUGUUGAUUCUCUUGUGCUGUAAAACAAGCUACAAACUGUACUUGUUUGUUGAAAAUAUGUACAUAUUGCCAGUUUUAUUUAAUUUAUAGUUGGUGAUUUCUGUUCACACAGUGGGCAUACGGAAGGCAAACUCACUGGUCUUAUCAAUUGUCCAGUCACACAGCUAUCCAAAUGUCAUUCAUGCAUUGUUAUAAGGAACUUUACUUCGAAUUAGUCCUUUUAUAUCUUCAGUUUGAAGUUGUUCUCUGGCUAUAUUUCUUAUGUUCCUCCUCACUCCUCAAAUACAGACUUUCACACACUUACACACACCUACGCAUGACAUUUUAAAAACCAUCCAUCUCUUUUCUGUUAAAGGAAACCAUUUAUGUAACAUGUACAUACAAUACAAUAUCUGUCACUGAAACACACAUUGGUGAGAGGCAAGAUUCUGUAGAUUGCAAUUUAGGCGAUGAACACUUGGAAUAUUGAAUCAGACAUUAAAUAAAGUCACAACUUUCACAGCGGAUAUCGAAAUUUAACCACUUGGUAAGAUCAAGAAAGGUGUCGUGUCUCACUAGUGGUAUAAGCCCUGAGAGCACUGCUUCCAUUCGGAGCCAUCGCCAUUCCGUCACGCCUUCAUUGUGUCGAUGCAAGUGGGUAUUGUGUCACAAAUCUAUUUUGUGAAUCUAAGUAAGAAUUUAUUGUAAAGAUAUGCUUUUAUGUGCGCUUAAUGGAGCCAUUAUGUUUGAAAAUCACUCACAGUCCCCUGCCAGCCCUGCCACUCCAGGCUAUUAUGAUAUGUAUGACAAAAGUUUUUUUUCAUCAGUCAUAUUGUUUAACUACUGCACUGAAGAAAUGUGUCCAAAAGGGUCAUAAUAAUGCAUUGUUGCAUGACAUCUCCCUUUUUCCAAUUCUUGUAUUAUCAACAGUGUCAUUAAGUGACCACUAGAUGGAAGCAUCCUAAACACAUCUCUUCCUCUCCGAGCAGUCACCUUCAACUUGCUAAAGUUUGGAGAUGACAUCAUCUGAUUAGGAGGUGAACAAUAUUUAAGGGAGCAAUUAACACCAGCCUCAGACUACUGCUGUGAGGGAGAGGGAAAUAGGACAAAACCAAAUCAAAAAUACACAAAAUGUAGGUUUUCUAAAGAAGUGAACAUGCAGGUAGACUCGAAAACAUAUAUUUCUAUCAGCUGUUAUCAAAUUCCCAGACUCUUUCAAAGGUAUUGAUAUUCCAGGAACUUCAUGUCCAGUAGAGAUGAUGUUUCUCCUCCCCGCCUGCUUCCUGAAACAUCUGAAGUCUCUGAACAGCCAAACAUUAAAUUCAUAACAUCUUUAGGAAAUCUUUGGUGCGGCAGCAGCACAAAUGCGAUCCAGCACCAGCCUCUCUCCCGUCUCGGGAGAAGUGAGGAAGGCAGAGUAGGCUUCCUUAAUCGCAGACUCCGGUAAUCCACUCCCGCACUCCCCCUACGCCCAGAUGAACUCUGACAGCGGGGCCAUUUACAACUGCAGGCCCUUCCUCCUCUUCCGAGUGCGCUACCAGAUUUUUUGUGCGCGGGAGGGACGGGAGGAAGGCUCAAGGGUAUCUGUGAUCUAAUCAUUACACCAUCUCCUCACCUCAGCGACCCUGCUGCAUCCAUCUCUCUGUCGGCUCCCCUCUCUCUCGCUCUACCUCACCUUGUCACUUCCCGUCUCUCUCUCUCUCUCCCUUUCCCCAUCUAUCUUUCAUCCAAUCUCUGUAUUCUCGCUUUCUCUCUGUAUUCUGUCCCUCACCCCGAUGCUCUGUAGGCUGUAACUGCUGUAUGUUGGCGGGAGGAGAAUGGAAGAUUCAGUAUUAUCAGGAGAGGAGGGAGAGAGGAGGGAGAGAGGAGGGAGAGAGGCGGUCUCACUCUCUCUAAACAACCCCAGCAAAAUGAGGACUAGUUUAAUUUUACCACAAAUUAAUUGACUGGGGGAAAUGAUGCCAAUUAGAGAAUGAAUUAGAAUUGGCUCCCACCACUGUCGUCUCCUCACAUACAGUGUGUGCACAGAUUAUGUACUUAUGCGUAGGCACAUGCCAUGUACGUGUGGAAAUGCAUUUUGACAGGAUUCAGGACCGGGCAAGUCUUAGCCCAGCAGGGGUUAUAGGAUACAAUCUCCUCAACCAACACACAAGGACACUUCUGUAGUAACCUGAACAGAAACAUAAUGGUCACCCAUACAUGAAAAAAAUAUGUCAUAUAAUACUUUACAUUACAUAAUAUACUACUUUCUGGGGCAAAAAAAAAUAAUCCAAUCUCGAGCCAAGAAAUCAUUGUAACCCCCCCUCUCUGGUUGCAUUCACUGUGCCCAUGUUUUGUUAUCCCUAUGAAGCCAAAGAUGUAUGCUGUACUUACCGUACACUUGAUGUUCUGUCUCAUAACCACGGUACCCGACCGCUGUGGCCUAACUCUAUAACUGUGCAAUCUCAACUGUGUAGCAUUACUGUGUAUUGUUGCUGUAUUAUACUGUAAAAUAUGUACAUAGCACAUAAUAAAGAUAUA